AUGGUCCUCUUCCCUCAGGAGGCAAGCCUUGAAGAGCUUCUGAAAAAUUCGGUCACAGAACUGACCAAGCUGUCAGACAUGACAAAGCUCCACCAAGCGGUGGCCGCCGGGGACUGCAGCUCAGUGCGAAAGAUCUUGAAGAAAGGCCUCUGUGACCCAAACUACAAGGACACGGACUGGAACGACCGGACCCCACUUCACUGGGCUGCAAUCAAAGGACAAAUGGAGGCGAUGCAUCUCCUGCUGGAGCACGGAGCCAGACCCUGCCUGGUGACGGAUGUGGGCUGGACUCCGGCUCACUUCGCAGCAGAGGCAGGGCACCUGAGCGUGCUCAAAGCCCUGCACGCAUGGCACGCUGCCAUCGAUGCCCCAGACUUCUUUGGAGACACGCCCAAGAGGAUUGCACAGAUCUACGGGCAGACAGCCUGUGUGGCCUUCCUGGAGAGGGCGGAGCGGGAGUGCCAGGCCCACCGUAGCCAGGCCCAGCACGCAGGGCUGCGUCUGGAUGAGCAGGACGCAGACUGGCACACCAAGAAGCGAGAGCUGGAGCUGUCUCUUCCUUCCCCGUGCCGCCGCCGCCGCCGCACGAAGAAGAAGAGCGAGAGAAGCCCAGGCCCCGCCAGGAAACGUGGUCUCUGGGCCCACUCACCUCUGAGUUCUCGUUACUAUGAAGCUCACAAGGCCUGUGGUUGCGAGAAGCUCACCGGCCAUGGUUACGGGCAGCGAGAGGCUCACCGGCCAUGGUUACGGGCAGCGAGAGGCUCACCGGCCAUGGUUACGGGCAGCGAGAGGCUCACCGGCCAUGGUUACGGGCAGCGAGAGGCUCACCCGCCACAGAGGAGGCAGCCGCUGGAAGAUCACAUGUUCCAGAAGUAG